AUGCAGACCGUGACCAGCAGCAAGGCCUUCGUGGCUGGCCAGGCCGUGCGUGCCGCCGCCCCCGCCCCCCGCGCCUCCAGGGCCGCGGUCGUGGUGCGCGCGUCUGGCGAGGAGAGCCGCCGCGCGGUGCUGGGCGGCAUGCUUGCGGGCGUGGCGGCCCUGGCGGCCUCCCCGGCCCAGGCCCUGGACCUCAUUGACGACCGCAAGGCCCGCUCCGCCGGCUUUGACAUCAUCUACGAGGCCCGCGACCUGGACCUGCCCCAGGCCACCCGCGACGGCAUGAGCCAGAUCCGCGCUGACGUGGCCGCCGCCAAGGCGCGCAUCGCGGAGAGCGAGAAGCGCAUCGACUCGGAGCUGGAGGGCUACAUCUCCAAGGCCUACUGGACCCAGGGCCGCAACGAGCUGCGCCGCCAGAUCGGCACCCUGCGCUUUGACAUCAACGCGCUGGCCGACGGCCUGCCCAAGGCCGCCAAGAAGGAGGCCCUGGCCGCGCGCGCCGACUUCCUGGCGGCUGUCGAGAAGCUGGACUAUGCCCUGGUCAAGAAGAACGGCUCUGAUGCCGCCAAGGCGCUGGCCGAGACCAAGGCCACCCUGGAUGCCGUCAUCGCCAAGCUGGCGUGA